AUGUUGAGGAUUUGGAGGAAGAUUGUGUCAGUCGCUCCACAGCGACAACCAGCAGACAUUGGUGUUAAUGUGGGAAGACAAAUGAAUAACAGUAAUAAAAGUCUUUCUCACCCUCUAUCCCCAACACUUUCUCUUCUGUCUUUCUCCGUCUCUGUCUCUCCCCACCCACUUCUCUCUUGUCAUUCUCUCUCUCUCUCCGCCACCUCUUUCUCUCCCGUCUUUCUCUCUCUUUCCACCACCUUUCUCUCUCUCUUCGCCACCUUUUUCUCUCCAUUCUCUCCUAUCUUUCUGUCUCUCCCUCUCUGUCACCUCUUUCUUAGCCGACUUUCUUUCACUUCCCCAACUCGUCUUUCUCUCUCUCUCCGCCACUUCUUUCUCUCUUCCUCCACCUCGUUCUCUCCCAUCUAUCUGUCUCUCUCCCCAACCUCUUUCUCUUAUGUCUUUCUUUCUUUCUCUUCCUCAACCUAUCUCUCUCCCGUCUUUCUCUCUCUCCCCCACCUAGUUCUCACCUAUCUUUCUGUCUCUCUCUCUCUCUCUCUACCUCAUUCUCAGCCGUCUUUCUUUCGCUUCCCUCCACUCGUCUUUCUCCCUCUCUCCCCCACUUCCUUCUCUCUCUUUCUCUCUUCUUCCAGCUCUUUCUCUCCCAUCUUUCUGUCUCUCUCCCAUCUUUCUCUCUUUCUCCUAUCUUUCUGUCUCUCUCACCGCCACCUCUUUCUCUUCCGUCUUUCUCUCUCUCUCUUCGCCACCUUUUUCUCUCACGUCUUUCUUUCUCUCUCUCUCUUCCUCAACCUAUUUCUCUCCCGUCUUUCUCUCUCUUCUCCACCUAGUUCUCUCCUAUCUUUCUGUCUCUCUCUCCGCCACCUCUUUCUCUUCCGUCUUUCUCUCCCUCUCUCUCUCCGCCACCCUUUUCUCUCCUAUCUUCCUUCCUUCCUUCCUUUCUCUCUCUCUCUCUCUUCCUCAACCUAUUUCUCUCUCGUCUUUCUCUCACCUCCCCACCUAGUUCUCUCCUAUCUUUCUGUCUCUCUCUCUCUUCCACCCCUUUCUCAGCCGUCUUUCUUUCACUUCCCCCCCACUCGUCUUUCUCUCUCCGCCACUUCUUUCUUUCUUCCUCCACCCUUUUCUCUCCCAUCUUUCUGUCUCUCUCUCUCUCCGCCACCUCUUUCUCACCCGUCUUUCUUUCACUCUCCUCAACCGCCUUUUCUCUCGUCUUUCUCUCUCUCUCCGCCACUCCUUUCUCUUUCGUCUUUCUCUCUCUAUCUCUUUGUCUCUCGUCUUUCUCUCUUUCUCUAUCACCCACCUCUUUCUCUCCCAUGUUUCUCUCUCUCUUCCAAUUCUUUCUCUCCCGUUUUACUCCUCCCUCUCUCCUGCCCCCCCCUCCCCGAACCUCAAGCGUCGUUGGGCUGUAUGACCGAUAUCGUCUCAGUGAAAGAAGAAAGAGGAACCUAUUUUGUUAUAAACAUCUAUUUCGGUCUGUUCAUAUCUAUCUAUCUAUCUAUCUAUCUAUCUAUCUAUCUCGGCCUGUUCAUAUCUAUCUAUCUAUCUAUCUAUCUAUCUAUCUAUCUAUCUCAUUCUAUUUCAUAUCUAUUUCAGUCUGUUCAUAUCUAUCUAUCUAUCUAUCUAUCCAUAUCUAUCUAUCUAUCUAUCUAUCUAUCUCAUUCUAUUCAUCUAUUUCGGUCUGUUCAUAUCUAUCUAUCUAUCUAUCUAUCUAUCUAUCUAUCUAUCUAUCUAUCUCAUUCUGUUCAUAUCUAUUUCAUUCAGUCUGUUCUAUCUAUCUAUCUAUCUAUCUAUAUAUCUAUCUCAUUCUGUUCAUAUCUAUUUCAGUCUGUUCAUAUCUAUCUAUCUAUCUAUCUAUCUAUCUAUCUAUCUAUCUAUCUAUCUCAUUCUAUUCAUAUCUAUUUCGGUCUGUUCAUAUCUAUCUAUCUAUCUAUCUAUCUAUCUAUCUAUCUAUCUAUCUAUCUCAGUCUGUUCAUAUCUAUCUAUCUAUCUAUCUAUCUAUCUAUCUAUCUAUCUAUCUAUCUAUCUAUCUCGGUCUGUUCAUAUCUAUCUAUCUAUCUAUCUAUCUAUCUAUCUAUCUAUCUAUCUAUCUCAGUCUGUUCAUAUCUAUCUCGGUCUGUUCAUUAUCUAUCUAUCUAUCUAUCUCAGUCUGUUCAUAUCUAUUUUCUGUCUGUUCAUAUCUAUCUAUCUAUCUAUCUAUCUAUCUAUCUAUCUAUCUAUCUCAAGCCAUUAUCUAUCUAUCUAUCUAUCUAUCUAUCUAUCUAUCUAUCUAUCUAUCUAUCUCAUUCUGUUACUAUCUAUCUAUCUAUCUAUCUAUCUAUCUAUCUAUCUAUCUAUCUAUCUAAAAUUUCCAGUAUCGCUUCAUUCAACCCUUUUUUCGGCAAUUCAACGACGUCCUCCGAAAUGUUGACUUUUUUCGUACCCACUUCUUCUCAACGACGUCCUCCUCCAUUUCCAAUCAAGGCUUGA